CGAGAGAGUUGGCUGUUUAUCCUCCAUGACAUGCAUACUUAUAUUUGUAUAAUAGUUUCCCCUGUUUGUAAAAAGCAAUAGGCACCCGUAUUAUUUUCUAUCAUAAGUCAUUGCUGAAGACCAUGGUGCAUGAAACUCAUCAGUGUACCCUGUUGAGAACCAAGACAGUUGGCACCCAUGGUCCUUAGCAAUUUCUUUUGAUUAUAUAGAUUUCUUGUUGUACUGUCUUCUUUUGUUUUUUUAUUUUUUUUUUCGGCUACCCUUGGUUGAUGAAUAACAUAUAAUUAUUCAAUUACUUUGGUGGGAUCUCUGGGCCUUGUUUAUCUAAGGAAGGUUUAUGCAAUACCUGGUCCUUACAACUUGUUAAAAAAAUGGAAAUAUCUAGCCAUUUUGAAUUUGCAUAAACCUUGCUUACCUUGAAUUUCUGUGAAGCCAUUUUGAUCCCUUUAAAUUCUCUCCCUUUAUUGAAUUCGAAUUGCAGAUAAAUUUUUUUUAGGAAGUUUGAACUUGCCACUCGCCAGUUGCUUGUUGAGUAGCCACAGUGUAUUCAUGGGAGUUAGUGCCAUUUUAAGUUUGUGGAGCAAUAUGGGAAAGUUACCCCUUUUAAUGUUCUUCAAAGAUUCAAGAAAUGUUUUGAAGAGGGAUGAACUAGGCUCAGAAAUAGUAAAUAUCGCAGUACCAGCAACACUUGCUUUAUUGGCAGACCCUAUUGCUUCUCUAAUUGACACGGCAUUCAUUGGCCGUAUAGGUGCUGUGGAGUUAGCUUCUGUAGGAGUUUCGGUUGCAAUUUUUAAUCAAGUAUCAAGAAUUACCAUGUUCCCACUAGUCAGUAUUACUACUUCUUUUGUUGCUGAGGAAGAAGCUACCAGCAAACCUAGUACCGAAGCAGAGCCAGAUGCAAACCCGGAAACGGAAAGUGAUGUCAACCAGGAAUUGGUGCCUCUAACUGGCAAUGGUAACGUGAAAAAAAGCCAGCCUGAUGGCAACAGUAAAAAGCAUGUACCAUCAGCAUCUUCAGCUCUGGUUAUUGGUAGCAUGCUUGGGAUACUUCAAACUUUAUUCCUCAUUUUCGCUGCUAAACCUCUUUUAGGUUAUAUGGGUGUAAAUUCUGAAUCUCCUAUGCUCAAUAUAGCCCAACAGUACUUAACAUUAAGAUCACUCGGUGCUCCAGCUAUUCUUCUCUCAUUAGCUGCACAAGGGGUUUUCCGGGGAUUAAAGGAUACUAAAACUCCCUUAUAUGCUAUCAUCAUUGGAGACUCGAUGAAUGUUAUUUUGGACCCUAUACUUAUGUUCGUACUUCGUCUUGGUAUCAAAGGUGCUGGCAUUGCUCAUGUAGUUUCUCAGUAUUUAAUUUUUCUCAUACUCAUUUGGAGAUUAGCCGGUAAAAUCGAGUUGUGUCCGCCAAACUUUAAAGAGCUACAAUUUAGUCGAUUCCUUAAAAGUGGAUUUCACCUAUUGGUUAAGGUAAUAUCUACAACAUCCUGUGUGACCGUCGCAGCAUCAUUAGCAGCUCGGCAGGGACCAAACUCAAUGGCUGCAUUUCAAGUUUGCUUGCAGAUUUGGCUGGCAACCUCUUUGCUUGCUGAUGGAUUGGCUGUUGCAGGACAAGCAAUCCUUGCAAGUUCAUUCGCAAAGAAAGAUUACGAGAAGAUAGUGGCUACCUCUUCCCGUGUGCUGCAGAUUGGUGUUCUGUUGGGGUUUCUGCUAUCAUGUACUCUAGCAGCUCUAUCACAAUUUGCUGCUCAACUAUUUACGAACGACAGGGAUGUUAUGCAAAUCAUGAACCUCAGCUUUCCUUUCAUUGCAGUAACUCAACCUAUUAAUACUUUAGCCUUUGUUUUCGAUGGAGUUAACUAUGGAGCUUCAGAUUUUGCCUAUUCAGCUUACUCCAUGGUUUUGGUUGCUGUUGUGAGCAUCUUUUGCUUGUUCAUACUGUCCUCCAGCACUGGCUAUAUUGGUAUCUGGAUUGCUUUGACCAUCUUUAUGAAUUUGCGUGUGUUUGCUGGUCUUUUGAGGGUAGGCACUGGUACGGGGCCUUGGGGUUUUCUUCGAAACUGAUUGCUACAACCCUGCAUUUUUUGUGGUGUAACAUCCAAUUAUUCCGAAGUUGAUUAGGGUUGGACUCCAAAUUGUGACAACUUGUGUUCUUUAUUUGAAAGAUUCAAUUCAUUACUUAAUGGAGUAAAAAAAUGCUAGACUUUAAUUCUUAUAA